AUGCGAUCCCGUCGAGUCGCGUUCGCCGAUGAGAAGAUGAAGUCAAGAGACAGCGAUGACGGCUACGACUCUAUGGGCAGUGACGACCUGGACAUGCUGGAUGUCGAGAUACGGGAUGAGGAGCUGGAUAUCAUCCGUGAUAUGAACAAGGGUGACCUCGUCAGCUUCUGCAAGAGCUGCACCCCUUUCGCCAUCUUCGAGGCCGUUGUGAGGCUGAAGUGUGUGGAGGAGAGCGAGAAGGCGGGCUUCGGCGUCUAUGUCUGCGGCGCGACCUCGAUAUUCCAUUGCCGUGUCUGCAACAUGAUCACGACCUGUAAGUGCUGCAGCCAGAGGGGGUGCUGCUUGAUGUGUGGCAGCGACGACUCUGAGCUCAUCGGUGUGAAGCUAGGCAAUCCCUCCUCGGUUCAGUGCUACGUUCACGACAUCGACUGCGCAGAGGCGAGGCGCAAGGCCAUGGUGCUCAACGACAAGUCGGAUGAUUGCAAUCUGCUCUUUGACAAUGCAAGGGAUCGUGUGAGCUUCUCGCGGAGUGUGGAACGCAGCGCCAUGAGGUAUGGUUUCGACAAGUAUAUCGCCAUCGAGCGCAUGCUGUAG